AUGGGCAUCUUCAUCCCUACCAACAAAUUGGAAAACCUCCGCUUGUACAAGUACUCGCUGGAGGACCACUCGAUCAUCCUGCGGUAUGUCCUCAAGAAGUGGUGGAACUACUUUGUCCACAUCUUCCCCUUGCUGAUGGCCCCCAACGCCAUCACGUUGUUGGGGCUCAUGUGGGUGGUGGCGAGUUUGUUCGUCGUGUUCUACUACGACCCCUAUCUUAACCAGGACCUGCCGUCGUGGUGCUACUUCUUCUACGCGUUGUGCCUCUUCAUGUACCAGACGUUUGAUGGGUGCGAUGGUUGCCAUGCCAGACGUACCGGCCAGCUGGGCCCCUUGGGGGAAUUGUUUGACCACUGUGUCGACGCCAUCAACACCACUUUAGGGGCAAUUGUUUUCGCCUCGGUGACGCAGAUGGGGUGGGGCAAGUUGAUGAUGUUGUCGCAAUUUGCUGCUACUUGCAACUUCUACGCCUCUACUUGGGAAGAAUAUCACACCCACACCCUUUUCCUUUCGGAGUUCUCUGGUCCUGUGGAGGGGAUCUUGAUGAUCUGUGGCGUGUACGUGCUCACUGGAUUUAUCGGACCCGGCAUCUGGAAGGCCCACUUGUUCAACUUGGACUUGAGCAGCAUCGGGUUGUCGAGCGAGUACCUGGUGUCGAUGACGGCGGUGUACGUGGUGUUGGGGCUCGGCUCGUUGUACUUCAACAUCCACCAGGCGAUCCUGAACGUGAAGAAGUACUACAAGCAAUUGAACAAGGCCAACCCUGAAGAGGCUAAGCGCCGUACCGACCAGGCCGUCAAUGGCUGGUGGCCGUUCGUGUUGUACUGGUUGCUGGUGGUGGGCUUAGUGGCCGCGUACCCUGAAUUCAUCUACCGCUACGGGUUCCCCCUCGUGAUCUCGGUGGGGUUGACAAUUGCCUUCACCGUUGGCCGUAUCAUCUUGGCCCACUUGACGUUGCAGCCGUUCCCUUACCGCCAGUUCCCCAUGAUUGUGGCCCCCAUCCAAUUGGCGUUGGUGUGGUUCUUGACCAAUGUCUACCACUUUGACUACCUCACCGUGGUACUGGCGGUGCUGUGGAUUGGCUUGGGGACGACUCUCGGGAUCCACGGGUCGUUUAUCGCCGAGAUCAUCUACGAGAUCACCACGUAUCUCGACAUCUACACGUUGUCGAUUAAGCACAAGCGGGCCUAG